CUUGCCCGGGAAUCCCACCAGCCACUGGUGACGAUCCAGCUGCCAACAUGAGCACGGAGGAAGCUUUCGCGGGCACCUCGGUGACGGCGGUGUCUGUGUCAGGGGAAGCGGAAGAGGCGGACGAGGGCGUGCGUGAAAGCCACAGCGCCCUAUCUGUGGGACCCACGUGCCGAAUCUGCUUCCGGGGAUGUUUGGAGGAAGCGCUGCGUCAGCCCUGCAACUGUCGAGGCAGCAUUGGCUUGGUGCAUGCCUCCUGCCUCGAGAAAUGGGUUAUCGCAGCGGAGGAACCCACGAUGCGACAUCUGCGCCUUCGCCUACGAGGUGGAAGAACGCUCGAAGUCGUACGUCGAGAUGCUGUGGGACCGCGAGGCCCGCGGUCGUCCUCUGGGCUACCUCUUGCGCGCCGUGGGCCUGGUGCUGUGCGUGCUCUUCCUGCUGCCCCUGAGCUGUGCCUUCGUCGCCGGCCUCCAUUACUCGCUCGUCUCGGUCUCACUCUACGUGUUCAGCGUCGGCCACAGCAUGUUCUGGUUCCGGAGACCCGUGCUGUACUUCAUCGAGUUCCUGAAGACCUCGGUCGAGUGGAAGCGCCGCUCUUCCUACCUGAAACUGGUCCUACCCGCCCCGUGUGUGCCGAGCGCACCGGAUUUACUUUAAGAAGAAGAGGAAGCCAGAGACAUCAGAGGUGGUCAUGGAGUCGUAAAAUACGAAGUUUCCGAGGUUGAGAAUGGUAACAGUGACUGGCCUAAAGAAGAUACAAAAAGAUAAAAUGCAAAUUCUCGUUUAUUUUUUUUGUACUCUUUCCAAUUUUUGG